GCCGGCGCUGCUCUCCUCUUCUCCCAGUCUUGGGUUUCCCUGGUGCCGCCGCCGCCGCCGCAGUUCUGUGUGAGGAGGAGGAGGAGGAGGAGGAGGAUGUGAAGAUGGCGGAGCUGCAGAUGCUGCUGGAGGAGGAAAUCCCGGGGGGCCGCCGGGCCCUGUUCGAUAGUUACACUAACCUGGAGCGAGUGGCCGACUACUGCGAGAACAACUACAUCCAGUCAGCAGAUAAACAGAGAGCCCUAGAAGAAACCAAAGCCUAUACAACACAGUCCUUAGCGAGUGUAGCCUAUCUGAUAAAUACUUUGGCCAACAAUGUCCUCCAAAUGUUGGAUAUCCAGGCAUCUCAGCUACGUCGGAUGGAAUCUUCUAUCAAUCACAUUUCUCAAACGGUCGAUAUUCAUAAAGAGAAAGUUGCAAGGAGAGAAAUUGGUAUUUUGACUACCAACAAAAAUACUUCCAGAACUCAUAAAAUUAUUGCGCCAGCAAACCUAGAACGACCAGUUCGUUACAUUAGAAAACCUAUUGACUAUACAAUUUUAGAUGAUAUUGGGCAUGGAGUAAAGUGGUUGCUUAGAUUUAAGGUGAGUACACAGAAUAUGAAGAUGGGUGGGCUGCCUCGCACAACACCACCUACUCAGAAGCCACCCAGCCCACCUAUGUCGGGCAAAGGAACACUUGGGCGUCACUCCCCCUAUCGCACACUGGAGCCAGUGCGUCCUCCAGUGGUACCAAAUGAUUACGUACCUAGCCCAACACGUAAUAUGGCUCCCUCGCAGCAGAGCCCUGUGAGGACAGCUUCUGUGAAUCAAAGAAAUCGAACUUACAGCAGCAGUGGUAGUAGUGGAGGGAGCCAUCCAAGUAGCCGGAGCAGCAGUCGUGAGAACAGUGGAAGUGGUAGUGUGGGGGUUCCUAUAGCUGUCCCCACUCCAUCUCCUCCCAGUGUCUUUCCAGCCCCUGCUGGCUCCGCUGGCACUCCUCCCCUUCCUGCCACUUCUGCCCCUGCCCCUGCCCCUCUGGCUCCUGCUGCUGUCCCCUCUUCCACUGCCCCAGAUGGUGCUGCUGCGGGAGCUCAGCCUCUUGCUGAUGGCUUCACUUCUCCAACUCCCUCUGUUGUUUCUUCCACUCCACCUACAGGUCACCCUGUUCAGUUCUACAGCAUGAAUAGACCUGCUUCUCGGCAUACUCCCCCAACUAUAGGAGGCUCUUUGCCCUACAGACGUCCUCCAUCCAUAACCUCACAGACAAGCCUUCAGAACCAGGUGAAUGGAGGACCUUUUUAUAGCCAGAACCCAGCAUCUCUUGCUCCUCCUCCUCCAUCCAUCCUACAGGUAACUCCUCAGUUGCCUUUAAUGGGAUUUGUGGCCAGAGUUCAAGAAAAUAUUUCAGAUACUCCUCCUCCUCCACCUCCUACAGAAGAUCCAGUCUUUGAUGAAUCUCCACCUCCACCUCCACCACCAGAAGAUUAUGAAGAGGAGGAGGCAGCUGUGGUAGAGUACAGUGACCCCUAUGCUGAAGAGGACCCUCCCUGGGCACCAAGGACCUAUUUAGAAAAAGUUGUCGCGAUUUAUGAUUACACAAAAGACAAAGAGGAUGAGCUCUCAUUUCAGGAAGGAGCUAUCAUUUAUGUCAUCAAGAAGAACGAUGAUGGCUGGUAUGAGGGAGUCAUGAAUGGAGUGACUGGGCUCUUUCCAGGGAAUUAUGUGGAGUCCAUCAUGCAUUAUUCUGAGUGAAGAUUGAUUAUGUUGUUCUGGGAUCAAAAGGAACUAUUAGGGGCUUUCCAGAUUUACACAAGGCUCUGGAGAAUACACUCAUGGAUGAAGGAUAAUAAAACUGCUUCUGUGUUUUGGCUUAAAAAAUUAUUAUAAAAAAGCAAUUUAGUGACCUAAACACGAACAAAUGGAUCUUCUGAUGGUUAGUAGUGGUUGUGCUGAGUUCUUGGAAGUAAAGAGCUGACCUAUUCAUCUCUGGGUAUGUAGAAAAUGAAAUGACCUAUACAUGUCACUGAAACAGAGUCAAAAAAAAAAAAAAAAAAGACUGAGGUAGAAUCUAGGAUCUUUCUCAGGAAUCAUAUCUAAUCCAGAGGUUUUCUCCCAAGCUUUAGCGCUUGGCAUUAAAAAUGCCAAGAUAAUCAUGCUGUUAACGUUAUGACCCAGUGGGCAUCUUAGUCAUUUUUUCUUCCACCUGAAGAUGAGGCAUCUGCAGAACGUAUUUGAAAGUUAACACAAAAGGCUUUCCAGGUUGUUUGUUACUUGUUUAAUGCAGUUAGAAUUUGCAAUUUCUUAGCACUCUGUGGCUGAAAACAAGUGUAUGCAAAACUGACUUGUAUGUCAUUAUAAUUGUCAGCCUAAGUCAUUAAGAUGAUGAAGUUUAUCAAGUGUUAGGGACUUCUAAGGCUAGCUAACUGGUACCACAAAUUUACUUUAGUAUUCUGAAAUACUACAUUGCCACUGAUGGCUUAUAUAUCCAGACUACUUAUAACAAGGGUUAGUUAUCCCGAAGCAAUGGGUAUAGUGAAGUGGAAAUUAUAUUUCCUUCAGGUUCUGAGGAUCAAGCCUGAAGAUUUUAAGUUAACACUUGAAUGACAUAUGUUCUUAUUAAUGGUCAAGAUGAAAACUUUACUUUGGGCAUUAAAGCUUUGAGGAGAAAAAAAAAAAUGACUUCAGAGUAGAUGGUUUUUUUCCCCUUAAUUUUGCAGUAUGGAGGAAAAUCUUAUUAGCUUUAUUUGGAAAGAACAAACAGUUUUUAGAUCUGUUGGCAAGUCUCUACAAUGGAAGUUAAAGUAUUGCUACUCUCUCUGAUCAUUAAAGACUAACUUUAAUUGUACAACUGUCUAAGCUGCUUUUCCCUUUAUACUCAUAGAAAAGUUUAAAAAACAAAAAAUAAUUCAGAACAAAAACCCUUGAGAGACUUGUUUUCAACUGAAAAUAAGGUACCUUUUCCUAUUAAAUAUUAAAAUUACAGUAUUAAAAUGAGCUUAGUAGGUCAAGUUUUGGCACUGCCAGUUUUGUGGGCUAGACCUUCUUCAACUUAAAUAGAGAUUAUAGCAGAAAUUAUUAAUUCUUUUGUUUAUACAACAGAUACAAUUUUGGAGUUCAACUCUCGAGUUAGAAGAGCAGUGCAUUUCUGACCUUCAUUUUUCCACAGAGUUAAUCUAAGAAAUAUCUCCAGAGGCCCCAAAUCCUGAUAACGGAUGGUAGUUCUAAAUAAGAAAUGAUCUGAGAAUGGGACCAGCUCCAUUCCCCCUGAUCCUAUUGACCAGGAUUCUAGAUACUCAGCCACAAUUCAGGGAGGCCAGGCUAGGCCAGGGCGGGAGUGUUGAGCAGGCUUGCACUGACUGAACAGCGAGGUUUAGUGGACUUGAGGGACAGGUGGGCAAGGUGUUAGCAGGAAAGAAGAUUCCUGGCUUUGACCACAAAGCUUCUUUAAAAUUUUAACCGAGGCCCAACUAUAUAGUUCUUUUAUCAAUAAAACUCCACAUUGCCGUUUUCACAGUCA